AUGAGCGACCCCCCCGAUCCCGCGUGGCUUGACGCUCUCCUGGGCGGGACCGACGGCGUGGAGAUCCCGCCUCAGUCGCAAGGUCCCGGCCCAAUCGCGCUCAGUCAGAUGUACCGUGACGCAGCCAUGCUGGAGCAGGAGUCGUUGGCACUCGCCGCCGAGUCGCAAAAACGCCGAUUUGAGUCCGAGAUGCCCUCGGCAGUCCCCAAGAUGGCGAAGACGUCUGUCUCUCAGACGCACGUCUCGACUCCCGCCACGGCCUCGCCUGCCGGGCCCCAAAACGCCGGCAACGGAGGGCGGUGCUUCAGGUGCGGCCGGGCGGGCCACUGGUCCCGCGACUGCACCCACAUUGCAAUGGCCAUGACCGCUCGCAUGUCCUCGCCCUGCCACGUCUGCGGCGGCAGGAUCAACCCCACCUCCGACCGCAUCUGCCGGCUCAGCGUCGGGCCGUACGCGGGCAAGUGGGCGCACCACAGCUGCGCUCUCAACCAUCUCGUCAACCUCGGCUUUAUCACCGCCGAGGACGCGAGCAACGUGGAGAUCUGA